GUACAUGCUUUAAAUUAAUAGGAGUGAGCAUUUAUAAAUUCAAUCAACGACUAAUAUAAAAGAUCGUUUAAAAUAAACGAUCAGAAAAGCUAGAAAGAAGAGAAAUACUUUCUACUAUAUUUAAGAAAAUAACUUUAGAUUCCAUGGCAUUUCCAGUGAAUGAUCCAAUUCAUAUCAAAUCCUAUACUCCUCGAGAGUACCAAGUAGAAAUCUUUUAUAAAGGUAAACGAGACAAUGUUAUCUUUUGCUUGGAAAGUAAUUAUGAUCAGAUUUUUAUUGCUUUAAAAUUAGUGCAAGAAUAUGCUACGAAUAACAGGAGCUUUGGUGGAAGUAGGAGAAAAUACAUAAUUUAUAUGAUAUUAGAUAAAGAAAGAUGUCGUCUGCGAACUAUAUAUAUCAAUCAGUUUACAGAUAUCAAAGCAUUAUUCUGUGACGAAUGUACAAAUUUACGAAAAGAAGUCCCAAAUUACACGGUAUUAAUAGGAUCUCCUAAAGUAUGCUUGUCUCUAUUUAAAAGAAAAAUACUCGUUGGUUAUGAUGUAUGUCUACUCAUAAUUGAUAACUGCCAUAAAUUCAUAAAAGAUAAAACUGUUGGUGCUAUUAUAAGAAAAUUUUCAUAUGGUAUAAAUGCUCCUAGAAUAAUUGGUAUAGCCGUACCUUUAUAUAAUUUAACACUAGAACCAGGAAGGCUCGGAGUAGAGAUAUAUAGAGCGGAAAAAGCUUUCGGAUGUAAACUACAAUCAAAUUGUGAAAUAAUAUCAAUACUCAGGUAUUGUCCUAAACCUAAAGAAUAUCUGAUAGAAUAUGCGAAAGGAAAGCAGGAUGAACUGUCUAAACUAAUGGAACAAUGUGUAAAAGAUGCUAGAGAUUUUUUAGAAGACCAUCGCUUUGAUCCAUCUGAAAUUUAUGCAGACUCAUUUCUCGAGGAAAUUAAAAAAAUACCUAAUCCCACAAUCACACCAUGCCACUUAAUAAGUGAGUUUUUAUUUAUAUUAAAAACUCUUGGAACAUGGUGUGCAGAUCGUGCAGCAUUUUUUCUUUUAUUACUAAUAGAAAAGUUAAAACUUAAUACUCCUUACGAAAGGAGUUUUCUUCUCUUAAAUUUAAUGACAACAACUUUUACUAAAAUAAGAGCUAUUUUUCAAUACGAAUUCGAACAUUAUGAGGAUGAAGAUAAGGCAUAUAAACUUAGUUGUCCGAAAAUUCAUCGAAUUUUAGAUGUAUUAAAAAUAUACACUCCGUUUUAUUCCAAAUAUAAAGAUAUUAUAGAUACAAUGCGGAUUACCGUUCCUAAGGAAAUUACUGAAGGAAAAAAAAAAGCCGAUGAUUUCCGUAGAAGAACAUAUAGAACGCAUCGAUAUCUUCGUGGAAUCAUGGAUCCUGAUUUACUAUGCGGAAUUAUAUUUGUAAAUAAAGCAUUUACUGCUAAAGUUUUAUCAUCUUUUCUAAAUGAAGUAUCUAAAUAUGAUGAGAGGUUUAGUUUUAUCUCUUGUCUUCAUGUGAUCGAAAAUAAUUCUGAUGAUUUUGGUUAUUUUCAAGAUGUAGAUAUACAACAGAAAAAGCAAGAAGAAGUUCUCAAAAAAUUUAGAAUGCACGAAUGUAAUUUAUUAGUAUCAACUAAGAUUUUAGAAGAAGGUAUUGAUAUACCAAAAUGUAAUUUGGUACUGAGAUACGACUUUCCAAAAGAGUAUCAAUCUUACGUGCAAUGUAAGACCAAAGCCAAAGCUUUGGAUCCGAUACAUGUAUUAUUGUUACCGAAAAUAAUAUCAGCUAGUCGUAUUUGGAAAUUUUCUCUAUUUGGUGCUACAGAAAAGUUAUUAUUAUCAAAAACUGAAAGCUUUGAGCCAACUGAGGAAGAAGAACGUGAAGCAGAUAUGUAUGCUGAUAUGAUACCACAUUUUCAGCCACUUGAUACGCCUGAUGCAGCUAAAGUCACUUUCAAUUCGGCUAUUUCAUUAAUAAACAAAUAUUGCGCAAAAUUACCCAGUGAUACUUUCACAAGAUUAACACCAGAAUGGUUUAUUAAUCCUGUAACACAACAAAAUUCAACAUAUUAUACAUGUAGUUUACGAUUGCCUAUAAAUUCACCACUGAAAUACGUUAUUACAUCUUAUCCAAUGCCUAAUAGAGCUAUGGCUAGACGUAUGGCUGCAUUACAAUUUUGUAUUGAAUUGCAUAGAAAAGAUGAAAUAGAUGAUAAUUUAUUACCUAUCGGAAAAGAAAAUUUUAAAGCCAAACCCGAAGAUGCCGAGUUACCUGCUUUGCCAGAUGAAGAUGAAUUAAAUGAGAUAGAAGCUCGACCUGGUACAACUAAACGUAGGCAAUAUUACGACAAAAAGACAGCAAAGGUAUUAACAGAGUGCAGACCAGUAGCUGGUAUUCCAUCAUAUCUAUAUCAUGUAAACAUGGUACUAAAUUGUCCUUUACCAGAAGAACAAAAUACAAGAGGACGUAAAAUAUAUCCUCCGGAAGAAUCCUCUAUAGGUUUUGGUAUUCUCACGCUUAAAAAAAUACCGAAGUUAUGCCCAUUUCCUAUUUAUACAAGAUCCGGUGAAGUUCACGUUAAUUUAAAAUUAUCUAAAAAGACUAUAGUUUUAACUGACAUUCAAAUAGAAAGAAUAGCUACAUUUCUUCAGUACACUUUCACAAAUGUGUUAAGAUUGCAAAAAUAUUUAAUGCUCUUUGAUAUGGAUGUUUCAGAAAAUUCUUAUAUUAUUGUACCAAUUAAAUUAGUUGCUAAACAUAAAGAUUCCGAUAUUAAUAUUGAUUGGGAUUUUUUGGAGUGUAUUUAUAAUAAUCGAAAUACAUUUCCUACCGAAGUACCUGAAGAAAAUAGAAAGGAAUUCACAUUUGAUUCGUCAAAAUAUAAUGAUGCUGUAAUCAUGCCAUGGUACAGAAGUCAAGAUCAACCACAGUAUUUUUAUGUUGCUGAAAUUUGUACUAAUUUAAAUCCAAAAUCUUCAUUUCCUGGUGAUGAUUACAGUAGUUUUGAAGAAUAUUAUCUAGAGAAAUAUAAUGUACAAAUACAAAAUUUAGAUCAACCUUUAUUAGAUGUAGACCAUACGUCUGCUAGAUUAAAUUUUUUAACUCCCAGAUAUGUAAAUCGUAAAGGUGUAGCAUUGCCGACAAGUAGUGAAGAAACAAAACGAGCGAAAAGAGAAAAUUUAGAACAAAAACAAAUUCUUGUACCUGAAUUAUGCGCAAUUCAUCCAUUUCCAGCUUCUUUGUGGAGACAAGCAGUUUGUUUACCAUGUAUUUUAUAUAGAAUUAAUGCAUUAUUACUUGCCGAUCAAAUACGUUGUGAAGUUGCACAAAUGAUUAAUUUAGGAAAAGCUAAUUUGAAUCCAGAUUUUGAAUGGUCACCGCUAAACUUUGGAUGGAGUUUGGCAGAAGUAUUAAAAAAAUCGAAAGAAGCUGAGAAAGAUAAACAAUCUUAUGCAUCUACAAGCAAGUAUGUACAAAAGAAGGAGACUGAUAGUACAGAAAUCAGUGAAAUGGAAGAACUAGAGAUUGAUCCUCCUAGUCUUAUGAAUUCUGAUAAAAAUGAUGAUACAGCACCAAAAACUGAUUCAAAAGAGGGUGAAAUGGAAAUUGGUGUUUGGUCAAAUGACAUGGUUACAGAUGAUAUGAAAUCUAUUACAUUAUGCGAAAGUGAAAAGGUGGCAUCGGUAGGAAAAAUAAUUACAUGGGAUAUUUUGGAGUUGCAGCUUGGUCAUCCUGAAUCUGCACAGAAAGCCGAUUCAAUAAGCGAUACUGCUAGUAUUGUGUCUGAUAGUUCCGAGAACGAAAGUAAAGGAUUAAGAAUUUCUUAUAUGAGUCCAAAUACAGCCGAAGCUGUGGAGGAUCCGGAACAAAUACAAAUACGAGAGAGGAAUAGAAAAAUGUUGGCAGCGUUAGAAAAAGAAGAUCAUGUAUAUAUGGACCAAUAUUGGAUAUAUGUCGAGGGAAGCGGUGAAGGUUUACUUUGGAAGCACACAGAAGAACUUUACAAGGAGGCGAUAAACAUUCGAGGAAUAUUGCUGAGAUCUGAUUUUUUCAUCCCUAUGAGAAAACCAACUAAAGUCAGUAGAAAACACGAAAAACACGAAACUGAAGUCAGUAGAGAACGCAAGUGUUUAUCACAGGAAGUUAAAAAAGAAUCUUAUAAACACAAGAAUUACAUAGAAAAUAUUGUAGAGAGGUUUAAUAAUGAAAUAUUAAUUAAAGAUUACGUCAAGCCACCAAUGAAGAAGGAAGUUAAUAAAGUAAAAAGAACGUAUUUCAAAAAUAAUGAUCUUUUUAGUUUUGAUUGUCAACCAGAAUUGAAGGAUCACCCAGGACCAAGUCCUAGUUUAAUUUUACAAGCUUUAACUAUGUCUAAUGCUAAUGAUGGAAUCAAUUUAGAACGUUUAGAGACUAUCGGUGAUUCUUUUCUCAAGUAUGCAAUAACAACAUAUUUAUAUUGUACCUAUGAGAAUAUUCAUGAAGGCAAACUUAGCCAUUUACGAUCGAAACAUGUUAGCAAUUUAAAUUUGUAUAGAUUAGGAAAGAAAAAAGAAUUAGGUGAAAAUAUGAUAGCUACAAAAUUUGAGCCACACGACAAUUGGUUACCACCUUGUUAUUAUGUUCCAAAAGAGUUCGAAAAUGCUUUAAUUGAUUCAGGUUUACCCUCUGUUGUGUGGUACCAACCCAGCAGUCCAACUACAGAGCAUCCAAAGUCACUUGAAAUAUCUGAUUUAGUUAAAGAAAUGGAAGAAAAACUUGUUAUUAGACAAAAUGAACUAUAUAAAACUGAUAAGAAAAAGAAAAAAAACCUAGAUAAUUUGCAACAUUACAUGCCAUACAAUUUAAUUACACAGCACAGUAUUCCAGAUAAAAGUAUCGCUGAUUGCGUAGAAGCAUUGAUCGGUGCGUAUUUAAUUGCAUGUGGUCCAAGAGGUGCUCUUUUGUUCAUGACUUGGUUAGGAAUUCAUGUUUUACCAUCAGAAGAAAUUUGCGUCAUACAAAAAAACAAACCGAAAGAUGAUUUCCAGCCAGGAACUACGCCUUAUGAGAAAAAAAUUAAUAAAUAUGGUCAAACCACUUGGGUACGAACUAAAUAUGGGAAACUAGAAGAACCGCAAAAUCUAUUAAAUACUUACAUUCCUAAUCUGGAGACUGAAUUAAAAAUGAUGCUCGAUGGAUAUGAUGAAUUAGAAAAAAGUAUAGGAUAUAAGUUCAACAAUGCUAGCUAUCUUUUACAAGCAUUCACACAUGCAUCUUAUCAACUAAACAAUUUAACAGAUUGUUAUCAACGUUUAGAAUUCCUUGGAGAUGCUGUUUUAGAUUAUUUAAUAACAAGACAUUUGUAUGAGGAUGCUCGACAACAUUCACCGGGUGCUUUAACAGAUUUAAGAUCAGCAUUGGUAAACAAUACAAUAUUUGCUUCGUUGGCCGUUCGAUGUGGAUUCCAUAAAUAUUUUCGUCAUCUCUCACCUGGUUUAAAUAUCGUUAUUAACCGCUUUGUAAGAAUUCAAGAAGCGAAUGGACAUUCUAUUAGUGAAGAGUAUUACUUAAUUGGAGGAGCUCAGUUUGAAGAAGCCGAAGAUAUCGAAGUGCCAAAAGCUUUAGGUGAUGUUUUUGAAUCUUUAGCUGGUGCAAUUUAUUUGGAUAGUGGUAUGUCUCUUGAUGCUGUUUGGAGCGUUUAUUAUAAAAUAAUGAAAUCAGAAAUUGAAUUAUUCAGUAUAAAUGUUCCUAAAUCUCCAAUUAGAGAAUUGUUAGAAUUAGAACCAGAAACAGCCAAAUUCGGCAAUCCAGAAAAAUUGGCUGAUGGGCGCAGAGUGAGAGUAUCAGUGGAUGUUAUUAAUAAAGGUGUCUUUAAAGGAAUCGGAAGAAAUUAUAGAAUUGCCAAAUGUACAGCAGCUAAGUGUGCUCUAAAACAAUUAAAAAAGGUUUCUUCGAAGGCAAAAUUUUGAUGUCAUUUAUAAUAGUAAAUAAAAAAUGUGUAUUUGAUUAAAAUUAAAUCAAUUCAAAAAGCUUUAAUAUAUGUAUAUAUAAAUGAAGAUCAAAAAGAUUGAUUUUGUAAGUGUAUUUUUUUUAUUCGUUCUACACACAUAUAUGUACAUAAAUAAUUUAUAUUUCGAAAUAUAUAUAAUUAGUAAUGCAAUAAAUACAA